CGGGUUGUUGAUGAGCAUUUGGAGACCCUGGACCCCGACAAUCCCAGGGACGUCAUCGACCACUUCCUUCUACACCGCACGGACAGAACCCAAGAUGGAAAACUAACACCCGAAGAUGAAUUGGAUUUCCAAAAGCUGAUGGGCGACAUAUUUUCCGCUGGAUCCGAGACAACGUCAUCUACUCUGCGUUGGAUGAUCCUUUACUUGGCCCUCAACCCUGAAGUUCAGGCCAAAAUACACUCGAUUUUGGACGAAGUUGUUCCGAGAACUAGGCUGCCUUCGCUGGACGACAGGAAUAAACUGCAAUACGUUGACGCCGUGUUGCUGGAGGUCAUGAGAAUGAGCUCACUCGUGCCUUUUGGUUUGCUGCACUCAACCACCGCUGACGUCACCUUCGAGGGCUAUGAUAUACCUAAGGACACGGCAGUUGUCGCGUGUGCCGAAAUGUGUCACCGCGACCCCGCUUAUUGGAAGCAUCCUGAUAAGUUCUUUCCGGAACACUUCCUCGACGAUGAAGGGAAACUCGAUGGGAAAAAAGAAAGUUUUCUACCUUUCUCGACCGGCCGUCGCCAGUGUCUCGGGGAGUCUCUGGCUCGCAUGGAGCUCUACCUCUUCUCGACGGCCAUCUUGCAGCGCUUCACCAUAGAGCCGCCGGAGGGCGUCACGCUCUCGACGGAAAGUGCCCCAUUGCAGUUCUUUUUCAAUGUACCGAAACCAUUUGAAAUUGUUCUGACGAAGAGAAUUUAA